UGAACUCUCACUGGAACUCCUCGCUUUUUUCACCGGCACCUUUUCUCCUCUCUCCGAUCAUCUCCACGGUCUCUCUCUCUCUCUCUCCGUCGGGUUUGGCUUUUCAUGGACGGCGGCAGACCAUUGAGCACCGGGUUCUUGUCCUGGCGGCGGACCUUGAGCUCGAGAUUCGCGCUUCCUUUGAUUCAAGACGCCGCCAAUUUGAUCAUGGAACAUCGCGGCGUAAUCUUCGGUGACUGUGCCGAACCACGAGUCGAUGAUGAGGAGGACGAGAAUGGAUACGACCGUCGGGUUUUUUUGCGGAAUGGGUCGUCCUUCAUCAAGCCUAUUUUGGUACUCGACUUGUUCUGGAAUUUGUUCUUCGUUUUUGUGUCCGUGAUUGUGCUGGUACUGUCUGCUGAAGAGAAACCUUCCGCUCCUUUGAGAUUAUGGCUUUCGGGUUAUGCUGUCCAGUGCCUUCUCCAUGUCUUUUUUGUGUUCUUUGCCUACUUUAGAAGGAGUUCUCGCUAUCGAUUUGUGUUUGAGAAUCGUGUGGCUCAGGAUGAACUUCGCCUUUCUCAUAAUCGAAUAAGAUUUUUGAAAAGAUUGGAAGCAUCGAACACAAUGAUAUCAUAUAUCUGGUGGGUUUUUGGAUUCUAUUGGAUUGUCAUGGGUGGUCAAUCUCUUUUGGAAGGCUCUCCCCGGCUCUACUGGUUGGCAGUGGUUUUCCUAGCCUUUGAUGUGUUCUUUAUUAUCUUCUGCACUGGGAUGGCUUUUGUUGGUUUCUUUACUGUUUGCUGCAUAAUACCAUUUUUAGCAUAUGGCUAUACCAUGACAUUCCUAGAAGGUGCCUCUGAAGAUGAAAUUAGAGCACUUCCCAAGUACAGGUUUCGCCAAGACAAUCCACUCGAGUCGUUCGACAGUGACAAGAAACAUGAAGUUGGGAUGACCUUGGAGCCUGGCUACAAUGGUUAUACUACUGAACACCUUCUAAAUCCAGAGGACUCGGCAUGCUGCAUAUGCCUUGCCCAGUAUGUACAUGGAGUACAAUUGUGCAUGCUUCCCUGCAGUCAUCAUUUCCAUACUCGAUGCAUUGUCAAAUGGCUUCGAAUAAACGCAACCUGCCCCCUCUGCAAGUUCAGCGUCGGACAUGGCGAUUCCUUGGUCUGAUUCACGUAUCGAUCGAGUUGGAGCAUUCUCGAGAUCUCCUGAGACCUCAAAUGGAAACACACACACACAGAAUCACAUGAAUCAUCUCUUGGAAAAAAGGUAAAAGUUUCCAUAAGGGUCACUCAAAGUGUAGAUAGCUUCUUCUUUUUGUUGUUCCCUUUCCCUUUUAGAUUACUUAGGAGAUCAUAUCAGUGGGGAAUACUGUGAAUAUACACACUUUGAUGCACAGCUACUAACUUAUAUGUCACUAAGAGGCCACUUAGUUGAUAGUAAGAUUUAAGUAAAUAAAAGGCAUAAAGAAGCCAUUUGUUUACUCAUAACCUCAUCUCAUCUCAUCUCAUCUCAUCUCCAAAGAGCCUUUAAAGGAUAUGCGUUUAAUGGAUGGUCUUAGUGGAGAUUGUGGAA